UUAUUAAAUGAAUAUGUAUGCUUUAAUAUGUCUCAACUAGCACGAUAUAAAGAAUAAUUUUAAUAAUAUUUUGUUCUUAUUUCGAGUGAAAAAACGGUAAAUAAUAUUUUUUUUAUCGCACCAUCGUCGUAACUGCCGAUUGCUUUAUUUUUGCAACAUGAACCAGCAAUAUUUGCAAAAAUAAAAAACGAACGACUGCAGACUUUGGUUACGGUAUUUUUGGGCAGCGAAAUAAAGCAGUAAAUGGACUGUGGACCAGCAAUAUUUGCAAAAAUAAAAAACGAACGACUGCAGACUUUGUUAACGGUAUUUUUGGGCAGCGAAAUAAAACAGUAAAUGGACUGUGUUCUUUUUUCAAUAAUUGUCACUCUCGUUUGUUUGGCAUUUGAAAUCAGAUGUGUUAAUUUGUGUUAAUUUGUGCGAAAUUGUGAUUAUUUAAUAAAAAAAAAUGAGUGAAUUACCAGCAACUGCGAGUACAUUACAUAUACAAACACGACAACGUUCUGAACAUGUUGUGAAUAUUGAACUAAUUGGAAGAAUUUCUCAUCAGAUAACAGGUGCUAAACUACCAUCGAACAAACAAGUACUGCAAUUACUAUUUUAUAACAUUAGAUUUGUGUAUCGGCAAUUGAGAGAAAGUGCAAAAUUAACAAUAAAUGCUGUAUUAAUAUUUUGGCAACAAGCUCGAAUUCCGACAAAAGAUGUAGCUAGGUGUGUCGAUAAAUUAGAAUCUGUGUACAAAUUAUGGCAGAAGAUUCAAAAAACCGUACCAAAUAAGAGAUCUGAUGCUCAGAAAAAAAUUGUUGAAGACUUUUCUGCAAAAUUGGAUAAUUUGUUUGACAUUGCUCAUAGAGAUGCCUUACAAAACAUGCGUAUUAGCGAAGACAAAGAAUUUUUGAUUCUACAAAGGCAAAAAGGUCGCCCUGGUAGCAUGGCCGGUGCUGACAUGGUAUUGUAUCGGCGACAAAACAGAGCAGAUCACCGCAUUGAGAAAGAAAUGUCUAGAAAAUGGAAACAUCAACAAAUGUCGGAAGUGAAUCUCGAACUCAACGACGAUUUUGGUAUGGACUAUGAAGAAGAUAUUGGUGACAGUGAGCCUGAAGUAGCGGAAACCAAUGUGAAAAAAAAUACAAAACAAACUGCUUCAACUUGUAUUAACAGGGGAAGAAAACAUUUUAUCACACCGCGAUUGCUUUCAGCACUUGAUAGCGCCAAAGUAAGCGAUGGAAAGGCGAUGCACAUUCUGAUGGCGACUGCAGAAGCAUUGGGCCAUUGCACUAGCGACUUGGUAGUCAAUCGUUCUACUCUCCAUAGACUGAGGGAAGAGCAUCGCAGAAAAGAAACACAGAGGAUUCAAGAGAGUUUUAUUGACAAAGUAUACCAUGAUUGAAAAUAUACGUAUAGGUUAUUUAAAUACUAAUAAUAUUCUAUUCUAGCUAAGUGAUCCACAAGCAAUGGUCGUCCACUGGGAUGGUAAAGUAUUGCGAGAUCUAAUUGGAAAAAUAAAAGUUGAGCGAAUUGCAGUGCUUGUUAGUUAUAAUGGCGAAUCCAAAUUUCUAGGCGCUCCAAAACUUAUAUCUGACACUGGUGACAGCCGUUUUUGACACACUUAGUAAAUGGAAUAUUUUAGAUCGCGUAGAAGGCAUGUCUUUUGACACCACGUCCACUAAUACUGGUCCAAUGAAUGGAGCAUGCGCUCAAUUGCAACGCAUGUUAGGAAGAAAUUUGUUGACGUUACCAUGCCGUCACCACAUUCUAGAAAUAUACUUGCGUAGUGUAUUCGACCUGCAUUUCAAAGUGACUCAAGCGCCAGAAGUCUCAAUUUUCGAGAGAUUUGCCAAAGCCUGGCCAAAUAUUGACACUUCAUCAUUUAAGAGUGGGCUCGACUGUGAAGAUAUAAAAUCUCAUAUAAGUGAUGGCAUCUGCAAUGACAUCAAACAAUUUUGUCAUUCACAAUUACAAAAAACUUUUGUUCGUGCUGACUACGAAGAAUUUUUACGUCUAGUACUUACAUUUCUUGGUGACAAAGGUGGUAAAUUUAAAACACCCGGAGUUACAAGUCAUGCACGUUGGAUGACAAAGGGAAUAUAUUCCUUGAAAAUAUUUCUUUUUCGUGAUCAAUUUCACUUGAGUAAAGCUGAAUUAAAAGGCUUAAGUCAGAUUUGCGUUUUUUUAGUGCGUUUAUAUAUAAAAGCUUGGUACAAAUGCUCUAAUGCAAUUACCUCUCCCCUGCAUGAUUUAAACUUUGUAAAAGAAUGUAUUAAUUAUGAAAAAGUGAACCCAAGUAUUUCUUCGGAAUUGCUGAGAAAAAUGCAACAACACAUGUGGUAUUUGUCAGAGGAAAACGUCGCAAUGGCUUUCUUUGAUUUCAAUGUUUCUGUAGAUGUUAAGAAAAAAAUGGUAAAAAAUUUAAAAUCAGAAGAGCCUACUAUUAAACUACAAAACAAUCGCAAAAUAAAAAAAUUAAGUUACUUAGGCAAUUCGGAUCUAAGCGGAUUUGUAUCCAAAAGAACUUUAACAUUUUUUAUGAAGUACAAGUUGUCAACCAACUUUUUGUAUUUGGAUCCAGAGUCUUGGGAAACAAACGAGGAAUUCCAAAAUGGUCGCACAAUAUGCCACAAAUUGCUUGUUACUAAUGAUACAGCGGAAAGAGGUAUUAAAUUUAUAAAGGAUUUCAAUACUUUUCUUACAAAUAAAGAAGAAGUUGUUGAAGAAUACAAAAAAAAUAUAAGUCCUAUAAAAAAUCAGAAUUAAUUUAAGUUUUAAUAUUUCUAGAUGUAUUAAAUAAAUUGAUAUGAAUAAAAAUAUUUCCUUUAAAUAGUAGUUUUAAGUUAAUAUAAUGCAAAAAAUUGGAGAAAAAUAAUACACUAAAAGAAAAAUUGAUACUUGAAUACAUAAAACUUGUUUUUUCCUAUAGGAAGGAAAUUUUUAAUUUUAAAACAUUUCCGCGCCUUCCCAUCAUCCGAUUGUCCCCAAAUUUUUUUUUAAACAUUUUUACAUAAAAAGGAAAAAAAAUAACCAAUUCUGUAAACAUAAAAUACAUUUUGAAUUUUAAGGACAGGUCUAAUGUAUAUAAUACGUAUAUGUAUAAUAUAUAAUAUGUGUAGAAAACGAUAAAUAAGCGUGUAAUGUGAAACGGGAGAACCAAAAACUGAAAGUGUACGUUUGCAGUUUUAUUAUUAUUGUUUUUUGUUUGCACCACUUUCAAUAAUUCGCACUCGUUACCUGGUGCGUCGGCUGUUUGCCGGCGCUUACGUCCCUCUGGCACAGGAUUCAGCGGCAGCUCAUUCCUACGAUGACUUAAGCAGCAGCGGAUAGACGGCAGCAACGAAGUUAUACCAGCAGCGGAGUAAUGGCAGCAGCAACAGAUUGACGGCAGCAGCAGAUUGAAGGCAGCGACGUGAUGACAGCAGCGGAGUGACGACAGCAGCAACAGAUUGACGGCAGCAGCAGAUUGAAGGCAGCGACGUGAUGACAGCAGCGGAGUUAUAACCGCAGCGGAGCGACGACAGCAGCAGAUUGAAGGCAGCGACGUGACGAUAGCAAGAAAACACCAAUAGCAAGCACCAAAAAGUUGCGGAUAGCGGUGGAAACGGUUUGUCUUUUUUACCGGCACUUUGCCGGCUUACCGGUUUUUUAAUUAUGCGGCACUUUAAACAGUUUAUAAAACUGUUUCCUUUUUUUCAACAGUAACGUAUUUAUAAUAUUAUUUUUUGGUAUUUCAAAAACUUUUGAGCUUUUAUUUGCGCCCACCACUGUUUCGCAUAUAUAAUUCACCUUGCACCUUAGUACCACCUUUUAUUUUAAUUCUUUAUUCUUCGCUUUGGUGAAUUUUUCACUUUACAUUAUGCACACACUCCACAAUUUUCUCCUUUUUCUUCUUUUAUGAUUUUUUAGGCUGAGGUUAGUAUACGGGUAAGUAUUUUAUCACUCGAUUUAACACUGUAUGUAUAUAUAUAUAUUUUUUUUUCCACAGAUUUCCACUGCACUUAUAUUAUAUGUAUGUAUGUAAAUGUAUAUUUUGUUAUUUUUAUUAUAGGUUCCACUGCACGCACUUCAAAUAUACCUUAACUAUAUGUAUGUACAUAUAUGUACAUAUAUAUGUUUUUAUAGUUGGAUCCUUAAUCCUUUUUAUAAUAUUUUUUUUUUUAACUUGUCACUUCACUUAACCGUGAGAACCGUGAGAACCGAAGAUCCGAAAACCGAAAACGAUAUUUGGCAAUUGGUUUCAAAAAAAAUAUUUUAUAUUGUAUUAUAAUUGUAUGUAGUAAUUUUAAUUUUCUAAUCACGCUCAUGUCCCUGCUCGGGCGCCAUGAAAUUUCUCAAGAGUUUUUGAGAUAAAAAAUAAUAGUCGGGACACGUGAAAUCACUAGAAUUAAAAUAUAACCAAUUGCCUGCACUUAAACUCACGAUACUGUGACGAAAAUUAGCGAACGAAAGAAAACGCGUGCGGAUUCGAUUGCGGUCUAAUUACAAUACCUUUCUUUAUUUUAGCAACUAGAUCACUUAGCCUAAAUCUUAAAGCUAACGGGAAAAAACAGUUGGAAUGGAAGUAUACAGGUAUGUAAAAAAGAGGUGAGUAGUUCAUUUUGUUAACUUAUAGUAAUAGAUUAAGGUAAGUAUAUAUAACAUUAUUAGGGUAAGUAUACAAUACUAAUAUAAUUCAAUAUUUAUAAUUUUUUAUAAUUCAUUUUUCUUAAUUUUAGUUUUAGGAUUAAUAUAUAUUUUGUCGCUUGACGCAACAAAUGUUAUGAUAGACGGAAGACUCGUUUCCAGUGCACGUAGACGUGCGUACGCUCCGAGGUCCUAAUAUCGACUCGAACCACUAUCUGUUGUAGCCAAGAGUCGCACCCGCCUCUGUGCAGCAAAAAAUGCACGUCAACAAACACACGGAAGGUUCGCCGUCGAGAAGCUGCAAUCACAACAGAUAGCCAAACGAUUUUCCUCUCAGCUUGCACUCCUGCUCUCUAAGAGCACUCGUCAACAACUCGGUAUAAGGGAACUGUGGAACAGCAUUUCAAACUCCUUACGUACAGCUGCAACCGAAACCAUUAGUUUUCGAAAAAAGCAAAAGAACAGCUGGUACGACGAGUAGUGCCGUGUCGCAGCGGAGAGAAAACAGGCUGCCUACCUCGCAACGUUACGAUCGACCACAACACGUGUGGGAUGGGAUAGAUACCGUGAGUUGAAGAGGGAAGCGAGACGCAUUUGCAGACAGAAGAAGAAAGAAGCCGAAAUGCGUGAGUACAAACAGCUUGAUAAGCUGGCCGACAGGGAUAAUGCUCGAAAAUUCGACGAAAAAAUGCGGCGGCUUACAGAAGGUUUCAAGACCGGAGCAACCUCUUGUAGAACCCCCACGGGUGAUCUAGCCACAGAUGCCCCAGCAUACUUAAAUUAUGGAGGGAACACUUCUCCAGCUUGCUGAAUGGCAGUGAACGUGCAACGCCAGGAAAAGGCGAACUCGAUUCCCCAAUCGAUGACGAUGGAACAGACGUUCCAUUGCCCGACCAUGAAGGGUGGGGUGCAAUAAGGCCAUACGCAAUAAAGCCAUAUUGGUAAUUAUUUUGGUAAUAAAGCCAUAAAUCCUAUAUGGCUUUGUUUCCAAUUGCAAUUGGUAAUUAAGCCAUAUGGCUUUACUUCGCUUUCAAAUUUGUUUCUUUCUUGGCUUAGGGGAUUCAGUUAAUGUUUAGCGUUGCUGGUGAGACAAAAAUUACCAGCCCUAUUUGAUGGACGCCACUUUCAGUAUUGUUCCGCAAUGUGGAUACAAACAACUCCUAAUAAUUAAU